AUGGUGGCUGAACUCAUCAUAGCAACCCUCUCCACCGUGGGUAACCUGCUGGUGUGUGCUGCCGUUGGCCUCAACAGGAAGCUACGUACUGUCACCAACUACUUCCUAGUGUCACUGGCCGUAGCCGACAUCUGCGUGGGUGCACUGGCCAUCCCUUGCGCCAUCCUCACUGGCGUUGGCGUGCCCCGCCACAACCUCUACCUGUGUCUGCUGAUGCUAAGUGUGCUCAUCAUGCUAACCCAGAGCUCCAUCUUCAGCCUGCUAGCUGUAGCUGUGGAGCGCUACGUGGCCAUCUUCCUGCCCUUCCGCUACCACACGCUCAUGACGCCACGCAACGCUAUCCUAGUUAUCCUGGUGACCUGGGUGCUGGCUUUCCUCAUUGGCCUGGUGCCCCUCAUGGGCUGGCACAAAACACCGCCCGACUCGGGCUACUGCUUCUUCGUGUUCGUGGUGGACAUGACCUAUAUGGUCUACUUCAACUUCUUUGCCUGCGUGCUAGCGCCCCUGGUGGUCAUGUUCCUAAUCUACGCCAAGAUCUUUGUGACAGUCAAGCGGCAGGUACGGCGCAUCGCAGCAGAGCGCGGGGGCGGCGUGGGGGGUGCGGAGGGGCAGGCGGCCCGGGCGGCCAGCAUGAAGAAGGAGAUAAAGACGGCCACGUCGCUGUUCCUCGUCCUCUUCCUCUUCACUGCCUGCUGGAUACCACUGCACGUCAUCAACUGCUUCCUGCUGCUCUGCCCCGGCUGCCCUGUGCCUUUGGAGCUCCUCCUCACCGCCAUUAUCCUAUCACACGCAAACUCUGCCGUUAACCCCUUUCUGUACGCGUACAAGAUGAAGACCUUCCGGAACACCUUUAAGGCCAUCUUCCUCUGCUGUAGAGCUCUAGGGGACUGGGAAGAGGCGGCCGAUGGUGGGGGGACCACCACCCACAGGACCUGA